CACACCCCUUUUUGGUUGAAUCAUAAGCAAUUCAUUAGACCCAACUACAAAUUUCUCUUGAUCUUCCUACCACCUUUCCUUUCUUUACUCAUCCAUUCUGUUGUUUUUCCCUCUCCCUUUAGUUUCUUCUAUCUUCUAGCUAUAUCUAUAUGUUUUUUUAUCCCAUAUAUAUACACAAGUGAUUUAUAACUGCAAAUUAGAAUAUAUAUAUAUAUACUUAAAACACAUAUAUAUAAUAUGGGGGAUCAAUCGUCUGCUUCUUAUAUUCACAUGGUGCACCACCUGAUAGAAGAGUGCAUAGUGUUCAACAUGAGCAAGGAAGAGUGCAUGGAAGCCCUCUCAAAGCAUGCAAAUAUCAAACCAGUCAUUACCUCCACAGUGUGGAAGGAGUUGGAGAAGGAGAACAAGGAGUUCUUUGAGGAGUACGCGAUGAGAAGGAAGGAGAAAUCGGGUGCUUCUUCCACGGAGGAUGGAGACAAGCAAAAGUGGGCCCCACAACAGGCUUUCUCAUCAUCAUCAUCGUCAUCGUCAUCAUCAUCAACCCUCCACCAAAUCAGAUCAUCUCAGCCACGAAUAAGCUCUACUCGGUCAUGAUCUUCAUGAUCUUGAUUUAUUAUUAAUUCCACACUAACCAUGUGUACUCAAAACGAACGUCCAAAUCAAUAAAUCGACAAUAUCGUACCUUAAACACAAUUUUAAAUCGUCAGACUUGUGUUAUAACUUAUUGAAUAAUUAUAAUUUUUAUUUAAUAUAAUUUUGAUAUGAUCUGAUGCGAAAAGUAGUGGACGAUGUCGUAUGAAAUCGAGGUGAGUCGGAGAAUGUGACGUGGUAAAAUAGAGGGUUGGGAAGUGUGACACUCGAGAGAUGAUUACGUGUGGGAAUGGGGCUCAUGCACUGGGACACGUGGCUUACACGUGGCAAGCUCCUUUGUAUCCUCCUCUUGGCACAACUCUCAAAUGAUAUUUAGGAAUUUGCCAUCUUUCCUUUUCA